ACCUUUAUUGUUUAUUUGAAUUAUUAUUAGUAGUAUUAGCAUGUUGUAGCUAUUUAAGUUCGUACAUUGUGGUUAAUCUCUCUUAUUUUGAAGGCUGCAACAGGAAGCGUUACCUUUCUACGUUUGUAGAGCUUGACGAUCUUUCCAUAUACCCCGUGCUUUCCAAAACAACAUAAACUGGGGGAAACAUGGCGAGCGGAGAGGAGGCCAGAGCACGGCCCUCGGCCACCUCCUCUUCGGUCGGACUGGAGGCACUCUUCCCCGCCGAGACCUCGGAGCAGGCCGGCGGCGACGGCAACCCGGAGCUCGUCCGCCUGCGGGAGCGUCUUCAGGGCUGGCUAUCGCAGUACGAGUCCCUGCUGCUGUGGGUGCAGCGGCUGCUGGUGUGGGAGAGGCCGCUGCACAGCAUCUCCGCCGCCUUGACUCUCAACACGUUAUUCUGGCUCCUGUCCUCCACCUCCCUGCGGCCUCUCUUCUUGCUGAGUGUCUCCCUGCUGGGACUGAUGCUGCUGGAGAGAUGGAAGCCCAAGUUGCCCGUCGUUGCUGGUAAUGUUCAACAUGCAGAGUCUCACCCUGUGCAAAGUGACACAAUGAGUGUGGAGCAGCGUCUGCUCAGUGUCCCUGAACUCAGCCACCACCUGGCAGAGAGCUACCUGACCUGCUGCCUGUACCUGCAGGAGAUGUUGCAAUACAAACGACAGAACCACGGCAAAUUCUGUGCAAUGAUGUGCAGUGGCUGUUUUGUGCUCGCCGUGGUCGGACAUUAUGUACCAGGAAUCAUGAUUUCCUAUAUUAUAGUCUUGAGUGUGCUUUUGUGGCCUCUGGUGGUGUACCAUGAGCUCAUCCAGAGGAUGUACACGGGCCUGGAGCCAAUCCUGAUGAAACUGGACUACAGCAUGAAGGGAGACACCGAGCACCGCAAGCACGACAAGAGGAAAAUGAAGAAAGAGGUGGAGGAGGGUGACGAGCCAAGGGCUGAAACUGAAAGUGAGAGCGAGGAGGAGCUGUCGUGCUUUGCUCCAACGGUGGAUGUGAAAACCACAGCUCUGGCGAUGGCCAUCACAGACUCAGAGCUGUCUGACGAGGAGGCGUCCAUCCUGGAGAGCGGAGGGUUCUCAGUAUCCAGAGCCACCACUCCUCAACUCACCGACAUGUCUGAAGAUCUAGACCAGCAGAGUUUACACAGUGAUCCAGAAGAGUCCUACCUGCGGGAUCUCCCUGAGUUCCCCUCAGUUGAGGAGUUCCCGUCCAUCGAGCACAGCCUGCUUCACUUUCCUUUGCGAAACACCACCCAGGUAGACGGAGCACAAGCCAGUGCACAAUCAGAGGGGGAGCAGUUGAGCCCCACCAGCCUCCUCAUCCAGCACUUGGCGUCACCCCUCCACUUUGUGAACACACACUUCAACGGACAUGGACGUUUACCAGGGGGUGAGGGGGGGGCUGUGCCAGUGCUGGGUGCAGGGCAAGAAGCGGGCCGGUCGAGGGGAGCGAGGGAGCCUGCAGGGAUCCAGGGUGCCCAGCGAUCCUUGGAGGCCUUGAGCGAGGAGAUCGUGAGCACGGCCAUCUCCACUGUGGUGCAGAACACUCUGUCUGCCCUGCUCCGCUCGAGCGACGCCAGCGAGGAGCCCACCCUGGAUGAGUUCCUUCCUACUGAAAAUCCACUGGGCGCUUCGGAAACCUCCAUCCAACCCGCAGGUACCGCUGCUAACACUACAGUUACCACAAUAGGCACGCUGGGGACUGACGAGGACGUGGAUGAGGCCAUCACAACGGAAAGCGGCGCGGGCGAGGAGAUGCCUGACGACACAUUAGUUCCGACUGAGGAAGAGGACUUUGAGCUCCUGGACCAAAGUGAACUGGAGCAGGUUUAUGAGGGACUGGAGCCCAGCUCUGAUAGACAGGUGGUGGGAGGAGCUUUAGACACACCUCCGUCCCCUCAUCAAUCACAAUCAUAGCUUCUCUGUUGCUCCCCCUUUUGUCCAAACCUCCAACUGUUUUGUUUUUAUUUCUGUAUUAGAACGACAUUAUAUCCUUCAUACUUCUAUACACAAAACAUUUAUCAAAGAGUUUGAUGUCUGAUACUGUUGGUUGGUGAUUGUGUGGCAGAUGGUUGAAAUUACUCUACUUUCAAAGCCUCACAUUACUGUUAAGGAAGAGUUGGAAUAUACUAUUAAUAUAUGCUAUAAAUUAUUUAAUUUAAUGGUCCAUUGAUGAAACUUUAUUUUUGAUCUGAGAGGGAGUUUAAAAAGUAAAUGUCGUCCCUUUAGUUGCCCAAUAUUGUUGAAUGUUAAGUGUAUUAAUGCUGACACCACGGACGUCCAAGUUAAAAAUAUAGUAACAAGUUCCCAGAGUUAGACUUUAACAAUAGUAUUAGCCUUCACUUUAUCCUUUCCUCUAAAGGUUACAGCUCUGACAUAAGCAUUCAGUGAUUUAGUGGUCUUUCACUUGUUGCCUGGAUAUGGAAACUUAAUCUCUUGACAUUGUUGGAUGUUAACAGGUAGUAGAUUUUCACCCAUGCACACAAGUGACUUUAAUGUGAGAAACCUUCCCCAGCUUUCCUCUCUGUGAUUUGACAAGUGCAAAGAUACUUUAAUUUCUUACACUCAUAUGUACUGACUUUGAUAACAGGCUUCUCGUGACUUGGACUCGCCCAUUCUGAAAUAUUUGUACAUGUACAGUCAUCACUUGGAUAUGUGUAUUUAGCAAGUAACCCUCCUUGUGCCACGAUGAAAUCCAUGCAUGCCACGAUUCACGCAUGUAUUUACCGUGAUCAGGAAAGACGUGUUACUUUUCCUACUUUCCGAGAGACGUGUUUAAUUGUUCAACAUCUGGCUGCUGCUGAUGUUGAUGAAGUGACCCUUCAUGACACUGUGUGCGUCAGGGUUUUUGCUUUUGUAAGUCAGCCACUCAGCCUCCAGAACUCAGGGUUGGGUUGUACAAAUCAAAAUAACAUUGCAGAAUAUGUGUCCAUUUCCUGACCUGUUGUAGUGCACUGCAUUUGUACUAACCUAUUUUUUUUCUCUCCAGUUAAUGCCUCCUUGUGUAUAGUCUAGAAAUGUUAAACAGGACCGUGUACAUUCUGCAUGUUAGAAAAAAUGGACAAAAAAAACAACAGCACUCGGUUUCUCCUUGUCAAAUGACAAAGUACUGCACAAUUUAUGAAGAAAAAGAUUGAAUGAGGUUAAGGAGCCCAUUCAAUUGCGUAUUGUUUAAUAUUUAAUCACUAGGAUGAAUAAAAGUUUUGUUGUUUCUUCAUUUUUAAGAUACUUCCCAGCUGUAAAUGGAAAAUGUGUGGCCAGCAAUGUCGAGCAUAUUAACAGACUAGUUUGUGUAUGGUAAUAGUGUGUUUUAUGCUUAAAAUAUAGCUACAUGGACUAUAUAUAUAUAUAAAACAAUUACUGAACUGUCCAAUUUUAAAAAAGGAAUAUAUUUUCUAAUUUCUUCUUUUUCCAUAAAGAGCUCAGUUUGAUCUUUUACAUCUAACAAAACUCUGUAACAUCUACGGACAACUUUGACAAAGCGGGAAAGAUUUGUCAUCUAACCAUCAAAGUAUCGUUGCAAUUCCAAAUGUGAACGUGAGAGAAUAAAAGAAAAAACUGAAACAAA